CACAAUAGCCGGACUUAAGCUCUCUUUUGACACAUGCUGCUGAGCUGGCAGUCCCCUUGCACAUUCUGCAGCAACAGCGGCUAUAUAAACACCGCACAGCCGAGCAAGUCUCAAUGUUGAUUACGCCGACGUUAAAUCAGACAGGUGACCAUCAUGAAUCAGCGAGAGCAGAUGGAUCAGAGGGGGCAGUGGAGGAUCACAGUGUGGGAGGAGGAGAACUUCCAAGGCAAGCGCUGUGAGUUCACGUUGGAGUGCCCGAAUAUCCUGGACAGGGAUUUCCAAAAAAUCCGCUCAAUCAAGGUGGACAACGGCCCCUGGGUGGGUUAUGAGUACCCAGAGUUUCAGGGUCAGCAGUUCAUCCUGGAGAAGGGAGAUUAUCCCUGCUACCAGGCCUGGAGUGGAAACAGCAGCUACCGCACUGAGCACCUGCUUUCCUUCAGACCGAUCAAAUGUGCUAACCACAGUGACAGUAAAAUUACCCUGUACGAGUGUCAGGACAUGAUGGGACGCAAGUUUGAGAUAUGUGAUGACUACCCUUCUCUUCAAGCCAUGGGCUGGUGCAGUAAGGAGGUUCCUUCUAUCAAAGUCAACUCUGGAGCGUGGGUGGGCUACCAGUUUCCAGGUUACCGUGGAUACCAGUAUAUCUUUGAGAGAGAGAGACGUCAAGGUGAAUACAGGAACUAUAAUGAGUUCGGCACCCAGGCUCACAGCAAUCAGAUCCAAUCAAUCCGACGAAUUCAGCACUAAGCUCGCCUCCUCCCUUCCCCUAUUGGCUACUAAGUAUCAAGUGACAGCAUGAUAUUACAUGAGACAAAGUAGGCAAUAAACGCUUUUUUCAAAUAG